CUUGCCAUUUGGUUUUUCUCCUUACAGAGUGAAAUUAUCUCCCACUGGGGCUUCCCCAGCGAGGAGUACGACGUAGUGACCGAUGACGGCUACAUCCUGAGCGUUAACCGAAUCCCACACGGCAGGAAGAACCGAGGGGAGAAAGGACCCCGGCAGGCGGUGUUCCUGCAGCACGGCCUGCUGGCCGACGGGAGCGACUGGGUCACGAAUCUGGACAACAGCAGCCUGGGCUUCAUCCUGGCCGACGCCGGCUACGACGUGUGGUUGGGGAACAGCCGGGGGAACACCUGGUCCCGCAGACACAAGACGCUUUCUGUUCACCAGGACAAGUUCUGGGCUUUCAGCUUUGAUGAGAUGGCGACCUACGACCUGCCCGCCGUGGUUGACUUUAUCCUGAACAAGACCGGCCAAGAGCAGAUCUAUUAUGUUGGUCAUUCCCAAGGCACCACCAUCGCUUUCAUCGCCUUCUCCCGCCUGCCCCAGUUGGCCAAGAAGAUCAAGAUGUUCUUUGCGUUGGCUCCUGUGGCCACUGUCAAGUUCAGCACGAGCCCCAUGGCCAAGCUGGGAAAUUUCCCAGAUUUGCUCUUCAAGGACAUAUUUGGGGUGAACCAGUUUCUGCCCCAGAACUGGGUCCUGAAGUGGCUGGGGACCCACGUGUGCUCGCACACCUUGCUCAAGGAGCUCUGCGGGAACCUGCUCUUCGUCAUCUGCGGCUUCAACGAGCGCAACCUCAACAUGUCCCGAGUGGACGUGUACACCACGCACAAUCCGGCCGGGACGUCGGUGCAGAACAUGUUGCACUGGAGCCAGGCUGUCAGAUCCGGAGAGUUUAAAGCCUAUGACUGGGGAAGUCGAGAUGAGAAUUACUUUCAUUAUAAUCAGACCGAGCCUCCUCUCUACCAGAUUAAGGACAUGCUGGUUCCAACAGCCCUUUGGAGUGGGAGUCGGGACUCGUUGGCGGACCCCAAAGACAUGGGCCUCUUAGUGACUCAGAUCACCAAUCUCAUGUACCACAAGAAUAUUCCGGAGUACGAACAUUUGGAUUUCAUCUGGGGCCUGGACGCCCCGGUGAGACUCUAUAAUGAGAUCCUGGACCUGAUGAAGAAGUAUGAAUGAGGUGCCCCGGGCAGUCACUGUUCGGGCCCUUGGCUGAGGGCCCUGGCGGUCAUUUUGUUGUUUUCUCUAAUCAUUUUGCACUUUCCUAAAGCUUUUUGUACAAGCAGGUUGAAGGGCUCCUUCUCUGCCUUGUUCUGUCUCUGGCCUAGCCCACACUUCGUCCUGGGCCUUUGGCCUUUGAGCCCGCCAGGGGUGGCAAGGCAAGGCAAGACAGUCCGACUUGUAUCCCUCGAAGCCCGAGUAUCUGAGCUCCUGGGAGCUGAUUUCCCCCCCCCCCCGCCCCAUUUUAAAGAUGGGGAAGCUAUUAACCCAAAGCUCUUUUAGCUUUUUUAAAACUUUACAGGCUGUGGUGAAGAUUCCCAGAGCCCCCCACCUGGGUUGUUUAUCUAGACAGUUUAGAGGCUGUCGCCAGGGACAGAUUCUGCCGGAUCUUGCCCCCCUAAAGUCCCAGAUCUCGAUGACAGUCCUUCCUUUAACACCGGAAAAACUUAGGGCAAGAGCCACAUUUUAUCCUCCCCUAUGUUUGUAAGGAGAGACGGCUCUUAUGUGCCCCCAAGCCUCUAUCUACUCCUCUGCACCCCCUGUUCCUGGCGCAGCCUCCGAGCCAAACAGAACAAAUUGUGGCCUCUUUCAGUGGUAGGGCCUUCCAAAGCUUAGACACCCCUCCCCUUGUCUCCACCCUCCUAACGCCACAACCCCCCACCCAACCAAGUCUUCCAUGGGUAACUAUCGGCUUUUUCAAGAGAGGCGACAUGAGCCAUGAAGCAGAGGGCUGGGCUUUCAGCUGGCUUCCAUAGCCAUUGCUGACUCUGGCUAGUUGUGUGAGCCUGGGCUCGCUGGGAUCACUUGCCUGCUUUCUCUUUAAGUCAGUAGACCUCUGACUUUUGUUGGCUGUGUGACACAGGGCAAGCCUUGGGAUCUCAGUUUACUUAUCUCUCAAAUCAGGGAAGAGACCUUGAAGGCUGCCUUACGUUCUAGCUCUGAUUCUGUUGGGUAACCAUCUCUCCUCCCCUUUUAAACAAACAAGCAGUGAGCUCCCCGGCAGGGUGAGGGGCUCCCCGGCAGCGUGAGGAGCUCUCCUGGCCAUCACGGGUAGCAGAUGUCAGAAAUAUUUCCUAACCAAGUGGGCAAGUGUCUGAGGAGCCUUGAAUGCCUGGAUCAACUUAAAAGUGAUUUGCUUGAAUAGCUUGAAAACUGCUUGUACCUAAAACCCUAGAGGUCUGAAGCUUUGGGGCUUUGCUGGUUAAGAGACCCAGAUGCUGUGAAGAAGGUGCCCACAUUUCAGUGCUUUGGUGAAAGCCUGAGCAACAUUCACCCCUACUUCAUUCCCCCACCCGCUCCCCAAGAAAGGAGCUCAGUGUAGCCUGGAAGCAGCCGCUGUUGGCUUUUGUUUUCCUUUUCCUUUCAAAAUGACCACGAGAAUUCAUCUACUUAACUCAGGGAGUCCUAGCCUUUGAAUCUUGUCAUUUUAGCCGUCUGGAUGCUUUGACUGUUCCUGAUUUACACACAUCUGUGUCUUUGUGGGUAACCAGAGCAGGGGGUGUUGAUCCUCCUGACAUAAUUUCCUCCUUGAAUUAGAGACUAGGCUAGAUUUUAGGGAUUCUGGGUUAUGUUGGGAGGACCCCCACAUGUGCAAAGGUUAUUUUGAUACUGGCAUGUUUCAAGUUGAAGAAUAUAUAUCCAAUAAAAUUGAGUGGCCUAUACAGUCAUA